CCUAUCUCCUUUUUCCCGCUCUCCCCUGCACAAAUCCUUCCUCAAACCCUCGCCUACUUCACUCCCCCUCUCCGGCUCUCUCCUUCUUGACCAAACCCUCACGAUACAGUUGCGAUUAGAGAUAACCGGUACAGCAACGACGGGAUCGCGGUGUACAGUGACUCGAAUUUUUAUCUUUCUCCUCUUUCCCCUCUCUUCCUGCCGAAAGUUAACUCCACAUCUUCCUUUUCGCGCGAUAGCCCAUCCCGGAUUUACUAUAUCCUCCCUGCUCUAAAUCCGUUACCAGACAGGCCCUAAAGUUUCCCCAACACCGGAUCUUCAAUUACUCGUCAAAAUGGCCGAGGAAGAAUGGUUCCUUGACGAAUUUGAGAUCGGAAGGUUCAUAGGUGAAGGGAAGUUUGGCAAAGUCUAUCUUGCUAGAGAGAAACAGAGCGGAUAUAUCGUAGCCCUAAAGGUCAUUUUCAAGCAGAAGCUGGAAAAGUAUCAUUUCCACGAGCAUCUUAGACGAGAGAUCGAGAUCCAACACAGCCUUGACCACCCAAAUGUCCUCCGCCUGUUCGCUUGGUUCCACGACGAGACCCGCAUCUUCUUGGUCCUGGAGUACGCCGCUCAGGGAGAGCUUUACAAGCUGCUCAGGAACUUGCACCACUUCUCCGAGAAGCGUGCGGCCACGUAUGUGGCGAGCCUUGCGAAGGCGUUGGCUUACUGCCAUGAAAAUAAUGUGAUACACAGAGACAUCAAGCCAGAGAAUUUAUUGCUAGAUUUUGAGGGCCGCCUGAAAAUAGCAGAUUUUGGAUGGGCUGCACAGCUACAGGCGCAUGCAAAGAGACAAACUAUGUGUGGUACUAUAGAUUAUCUUGCUCCAGAAAUGGUGCAGAAUAAGGAGCAUGAUCAAACUGUUGAUAAUUGGACGCUUGGCAUUCUUUGCUAUGAAUUUCUCUAUGGUUUCCCACCAUUUGAAGCCGAGGAUAAAUAUGAUACUUUCAAAAGGAUUCUUAAGGUUGAUGUUGUAUUUCCUUCUUCGCCUCCUGUCUCUCCAGAAGCAAAGGAUUUAAUCUCCAAGCUUCUAGUGAAGGACUCAUCAAAGAGGCUUUCGCCGCAGAAAAUUCUGGAGCAUCCAUGGAUAGUUCAAAAUGCAGAUCCUUCAGGAUGUACCAAAGAAUGAAGAUCACAUUAGCAGGAGAUUAUAUCACAACUUUUAUUGGUGGUAGGUCUAAUGCAUUAUGUGGUUCUAUGUUUUAGUGUUUUCUCACUAUUGCUUUCUUCAACCCCAUUUUUGCUAGAGAUUUCUGAGACUAGAAGGGAUUGGGGAGGAGUUUAGCCUACUUACUAAAUAUAAAUUCUUAAGAGAGGCAGAUCAGGAUGAGUCUACCUGUUCUUAGGAUUAUCAGUAAGCUUGUUUUAUUAUUAUUGUUAUUAUUACUGUUUUUCUCUUUGAUUUGGCUAUAAGGAGGAAACAGCUUUUCCAUGGGAAAAUAACAUGAGAACAUGGAAACAAAUUUUAUUUCAUUAUAUGAAAACAAUCAUAAGGCAACCACUUAUAUAUAAAUUUUUA